AUGCGUGCUCGACGGCCCUGCUUGCCCGAGGCCUCAAUACACGAGCCGAACGUUGCUCAGCCUCGGCCCCAUCCCUCCUCCACUUCAUACUGUUCACCCACCAAACGGUACCGGCGUCAACUCGGCCAAUCUGCCUAUGCCAAACGUGACCCUCCCCAUCCUUUCGCCCAACUCCCCAUCCACAACUCAAAAUUCCCAUCCCCUGCCUACCUAUUCCUUUCUCACUUCCCAAUUCCUCACUACCCACUCCUAACUCCCACUUUCAAAGUCCCCAAUCAUACUCUCAACUCCAAAUAA